UAAAAAAUUAGUAUUGGCGCUAAAAUUGACACUUUAUGACUAACUUAAUAAUUUUUUAUUUGUAUUUAUAACUUUAUAGAAUUAAUUUUUUUCACACAAGUAGUGAUAAUAUAACUAGAAAUGAAAUUUGCUAUUCCUGAAAUAUCUUGGCAUAACAGGGACCCAGUUCUAAGUGCAGAUUUUCAACCAAGAUGUGAAGAUAGUGAACCUUUAAGACUUGCUACCGGAGGCACUGAUUCUCAUAUUUUGAUAUGGUAUAUUUCUAUCACGGAAUCGGGGUCUGUGAAUUUAGAAGUAGCAGCGGACUUGACCCGGCAUCAGAAAGCCGUCAAUGUCGUGCGAUGGUCUCCCGACGGUCAGUUUUUGGCUUCAGGGGAUGAUGAAUCUAUUAUAUUCAUUUGGAAACAAAAAACUGAUAAAGAACCUCCUGUACAAAAUUUAGAACAACCUGAGGAACAAUACAAGGAAUCAUGGGUUAUACACAAGACUCUCAGGGGUCAUAUGGAAGAUAUUCUGGAUAUAAGUUGGAGCAGGAACUCUGCACAUCUAGCAUCGGGUUCAGUAGACAAUAAGUUACUGGUGUGGGACGUGGCUCGAGGUAGAUACAGCUCUAUAUUGUCAGACCACAAGGGUUUUGUACAGGGUGUGUCCUGGGAUCCACAAGGACAGCUGAUAGCUUCAGCUAGCACUGAUAGAGUCUUUCGGACAUUUGAUGUAAAUACUAAGAAAGUUGUCUCCCGAAGCAGCAAAGCAGUGCUGCCGUUUCCCUCUGACCACCCCCUUAAAGAUGUGAAGGUUCGUCUGUACCAUGAUGACACUUUGCAGACAUUCUAUCGGAGAUUACAAUUCAGUCCCGACGGGCUGUUGAUAGCUGUACCGGCUGGGCGGAUAGAACCCGAGCAAGGCAAAGUGGAUGUGAAGCCUAUUAAUGCUGUAUAUAUUUAUACAAGAUAUUCCUUAAAAGUUCCAGCUUGCAUUCUGCCAUGCGGCGAGGCCGCGCUGGUGACGCGGUGGUCGCCGCGGCGCUACGCCCCCCGGGACUGCGGCCCCAGGCCUGCCUUCCCGCUGUCUGCGAGGAUGGUGCUUGCGAUUGCUACCAAACGGGCCGUCAUGUUGUACGAUACGCAGCAGAAGACGCCUAUAGCUUUGAUUUCUAACAUUCAUUACGCCAGAUUGACAGACCUCACAUGGUCCCCUGAUGGGCGUAUACUGGUGGCGUCCAGUGCAGAUGGCUUCUGUUCAGUAAUCACAUUUAGUGAUGGAGAGCUCGGGGAAGUUUUACCUGAGGACGAUACGGCGCCACAGACGUCAGAACCAAUGGAAGUAGAAGUUCCAGAACAACCUCAGAAUGCAGAAAUGAAAGAAAAAACACCAGAAAAAGAAAGCAAACCAUCGAGCAAUUUACAGAAGAUAGAUUCCUUCAUUAAAUUUAAGGCACCUCCACAGAAUUCCUCUAAAAACCAAAAAAUUGUGGCUGAUCCAAAGACGCCUGUUAAAAUUGACGUCUUAGAAGAAGUAGCCAUGCCAUCUUGGUCGGACAACUCGAAUAACGAACUAAUUAAACCUCAAGAGCCAAUGGAAGUGGAGAAUGAAACUAACGAAAAGGUAUCAGAAGUUAUACAGAUAGAAGAUAGUGAAGACAUAAAACUUGUGUAUGAAGACACUGAAAGUAAACUGACUGAAUCCCUAAAAGAGACAGAAACGUCUGAAACAAGAAAGAAAUCACCUAAAAAGAGUCCUAAACUGAAGUCGAGUCCACAAAAUGCUUUAAAAAUCAAACGAGCACAAAAUUCACCUCAAAGCAAUAAAUUGACAUCUAAACAAAGUCCAAAGAAUGAAGCAAAGGUCGAGGACAAUAACUUUUUUAAACAAGCAAAAGUAACAGACAUUAAAGAGCCUGUGUCGGUUACAACUACAGCGAGCCCUAAGGUGCCGAGAAGGGUCAACUUUGUCACACUAUCAAGUCCUAAAAAUAAGAAAAAAUGUUGAAUGAAAAACAUGUAUAAAAGUAAACAUUUAUAAUAAAUAUUUACAAAUGAAUCAUCAUUCUUUAUCACAUUGAAAUAAAAGAGAGUAUAACAAAAUAUAUUUAUCAGUAGAAACUGUCCAUACUUACCCAACUCAUUCCGGUUGUCCUAUUAUGAUUUGUCUCAAAUUAAUUUAUAUAAAUCUAUUUUUAUACAG